CCUCUCUCUCUCCUUCCCCAUACCCCUCCCCCUCCCGCCCCGCCAUGCUCUUCCCGCGCCUCACCCGUGCGGCCCUGCCCACCAGCAGCGCCGUCGCCGCCGCGCCUGCGCUGCGCCGCUCCCUGCACGCCUCGCGCGCCGUGGCGAAGAUCGUCGCCUCGCAGCCGCUGCGUGCCAAGGAGGCUGCGCAGCCGCACGACGCCGUCAAGGGCUACCCGAUCAUCGAGCACGAGUACGAUGCCGUCGUCGUCGGUGCCGGUGGCUCCGGUCUGCGCGCCGCCUUCGGCCUCGCCGAGGGCGGCCUCAACACGGCCUGCAUCACCAAGCUCUUCCCCACGCGCUCGCACACCGUCGCCGCGCAGGGCGGCAUCAACGCCGCGCUGGGCAACAUGACCGAGGACGACUGGCGCUGGCACAUGUACGACACCGUCAAGGGCUCCGACUGGCUCGGCGACCAGGACGCCAUCCACUACAUGUGCCGCGAGGCACCGCGCACCGUCAUUGAGCUCGAGCACUACGGCCUGCCCUUCUCGCGCACCAAGGACGGCAAGAUCUACCAGCGUGCCUUCGGCGGCCAGUCGCUCAACUACGGCAAGGGCGGCCAGGCGUACCGCUGCGCCGCCGCCGCCGACCGCACGGGCCACGCCAUGCUGCACACGCUCUACGGCCAGUCGCUGCGCCACAACACCAACUUCUUCAUCGAGUACUUUGCGCUCGACCUCAUCAUGGAGGACGGCGCGUGCGUCGGUGUCAUGGCGCUGAACAUGGAGGACGGCACGAUCCACCGCUUCCGUGCCCACAAGACCGUGCUCGCCACCGGCGGCUACGGCAAGGCCUACUUCUCGGCCACGUCGGCGCACACGUGCACCGGCGACGGCAUGGCCAUGGUCGCGCGCGCCGGCCUGCCGCUGCAGGACCUCGAGUUCGUGCAGUUCCACCCCACGGGCAUCUACGGUGCCGGCUGCCUCAUCACCGAGGGCUCGCGCGGUGAGGGCGGCUACCUGCUGAACAGCGAGGGCGAGCGCUUCAUGGAGCGCUACGCGCCCACGGCCAAGGACCUGGCCUCGCGCGACGUCGUCUCGCGCUCGAUGACAAUCGAGAUCCGCGAGGGCCGCGGUGUCGGCCCGGACAAGGACCACAUCUACCUGCAGCUCUCGCACCUGCCCGCCGAGGUGCUGCACGAGCGCCUUCCCGGCAUCUCGGAGACGGCCUCCAUCUUUGCCGGUGUCGACGUGACCAAGGAGCCGAUCCCCGUGCUCCCGACGGUGCACUACAACAUGGGCGGCAUUCCCACCAAGUACACUGGCGAGGUCAUCAAGCAGAACGCCGACGGCAAGGACGAGAUCGUGCCGGGCCUGUACGCUGCCGGCGAGGCCGCCUGUGUGUCCGUGCACGGCGCCAACCGUCUCGGUGCCAACUCGCUGCUCGACAUUGUCGUGUUCGGCCGCGCAUGCGCCCAGCACAUCAAGGAGAACCUCAAGCCCGGCCAGCCCCACAAGCCGCUGUCCGGCGACGCCGGCGCCGCGACGCUCAACAACCUCGACUGGGUGCGCAACUCGAACGGCAACCGCACGGUCGCCGACCUGCGCCUUGAGAUGCAGAAGGUCAUGCAGUCCGACGCCGCCGUGUUCCGGACGGAGGAGAGCCUCCAGGAGGGCCUCAAGAAGAUCGCCAAGACGAUGGACGCCCUGCCGAACAUGAGCGUCAAGGACCGCUCCAUGAUCUGGAACUCCGACCUGGUCGAGGCUCUUGAGCUCCAGAACAUGGCCACCUGCGCCUCGCAGACCGUGACCUCGGCUGCCGCGCGCAAGGAGUCUCGCGGUGCCCACGCACGAGAGGACUACCCCGAGCGCGACGACAAGGAGUGGAUGAAGCACUCCCUCACAUGGCAGUCGAACACGAGCGAGGCGCCGAAGCUCGGCUACCGUGCCGUCGUCGGCACGACGCUGGACGAGAACGAGUGCAAGGCCGUGCCCCCGUUCAAGCGGCAAUACUAAGCGGCUGCCCGAGCAGCGGUGUCUGCCAGGGUGUCUCCGAUGAUGUGCCGCGGUCCGGCU